ACGUGUGACGCUUCGCGUUUUCGCGUCUGAUCUGCGGUAUAGCCAGCUUGUCUUCCCCCACCAUGACCUCCGUCGCUCAGCUCGCAGAGUGUCUGACCGCUACCCUAGACUCAAAUCCAAAUGUCAGAAUAUCUGCCGAGCUCAAGCUCGCCGAGUUUUCAGCUCAGCCGGAGACCGGUAUCUCCCUCGCAAGACUAGCGUUGUCCCCAGAAGCGGAGCUGCCACUGAGACAGUCGGCUAGCAUCGUACUGAGGAAAUAUGUGCUUGAACGCUGGUCCCCCAUCUUUCCUCAGUUCCGGGGGCCCGCUCCACCCCAGGAGACCAAAGCCGCAGUCCGGCAGCUAGUCUUCCAGGGCUUGUCUGACCCCGAUCGCAAGAUCCGCUCACUCUGCGCUCGCACCAUGUCUACAUUAGCCAACGCUGACUGGCCCGACGAGAACCCCGAACUCCUCACUUCCCUCAUCGGUUUAUUGUCCUCCGGAUCACCGAACUCUGUCCACGGCGCAAUGCAGGUCUUCGCCGAGUUCAUCAAGGCAGACCUUUCCGAAGACCAGAUCCUUCCUAUUCUUCGCGAACUCCUGCCGGUUUUGCUCACCAUUCUCGGUGGAACGGAGCAAUACGGUGCGAUUACGCGCGCCAGGACCGUAUCCGUGUUCCAGCAAUGUGUGGAAGCGCUGUUCAUGGUCAAGGACCAGCACCCGCAAGCCGUGAAGGAGGCGACCACGUCCAUUUUACCCGUUUGGCUUGAGGCGUUCAGGGUUCUGCUCAACAUCGACCCUCGCCAAGACCUCAACAAGUCGGAGUGGGACGGGCUCUUGAUCCGCAUACAGAUCUACAAGACCCUGGACAUCAUCCACACUUCAUUCCCGCGCGCCAUGACCACCUUCCUCCCCGACAUACUGAGCGCCUCGCUCAAUCACCUGCAAACAAUCUACCCGGCAUUCCAGCAAUACUACCUUUCCGCAACUGACUCCCCACCUCCAUCCUCGGAAGACGAGCCGGUGCACCUACCGCAACUCAUCUGUCCUAUCCUCGACUUCCUCUCCUCGAUCAUUCGGGGAGGCAAGGCCAAGACAUGGUUCGAAGGCAACAAUUUGACCGCAGUCGUAUCCGCCGUCUUCCAGUAUGCGCAGAUAACCGAUGAGGAUGAAGACACCUGGGCGAGUAACGUCAACGCGUUCAUCGCGCAGGAGGACGACGAGACGCAAGAGUACAGCGUUCGCGUUGCCGGCUUCGACAUCUUGGGUGUCCUCAUGGAACGCGAGCCGGCGAAGACGGCGGCGACGUGUCAGUUGCUGCUGCAGCAGAUGGUUCAGUCAUCGCAGCAGGCGCGCGAUGGUGGCCAGGAAGACUGGUGGCGUCCUCUCGAGGCCUCCCUCGCUGCAAUCGGUUCUCAGUCGGAGACCAUCUUGGACUGCAUCGAGGACGAGCUUGAGUCAGGACGGGAUAAGCCGAUCGACAUUGAGUACAUCCUGCGCGACAUCGUGCCCUCGGUCUUGGGUCUUUCUGCACACCCCUUCCUGCAGGGUCGCGGCUUCGUCUUUGCCAGUCAGUACGCGAAGCUGUUACCGCUGCAGCUGGCGGGUCAGUACCUUGAGGCUGCGAUCCAGGUCAUCGAGUCCAGCGAGGCGGGUGUUCCGGUCAAGGUCUCUGCCGUGCGUGCGGUGCAUAACUUCUGUCAGGGCGCCGAGGAUUCGGCCAUAGUCCCCUUCGUCGCGCGAAUCGCCAAAGACCUUGGUCCCUUCCUCCUCGACACCUCGGACGACGCGCUGUCUUUGGUACUGGAGACGAUGUCGGUGGUCGUGCAGGUGGACGACGGGAGGUGGUUGACGACUGAUCUGGCGCAGUCGCUCGUCGUUGCACUUCUCGAUGUCUGGAAGAAGAACAACAAGGACCCGAUCUUUGAGUCGAUCCUGAGCGACAUCUUUGAAGCUCUCGCUUCCUCGAAAGCGAGCGGCAUCUACCAGUCAAUCGUUCAGCAGGCCCUGCCGGCGCUCUGCAAGAACCUGAAUGAGGCGAAGCCAGAUGAAUCGUGGGUCACAUCCACCGGCAUCGAGCUCAUCACCAGCAUGGUGAAGGGCGCGCCGGAAGGCGGCCUCGGCGACGGCUUCGUCGCCGCGAUGGCGCCGAGCCUCUUCCACUGCCUAGCGCAGUCUGAGGACCGCGACGUCCUGCAGAACGGCGUGUCGUGCUUGACUACCAUCGUCCGCAAGGACUGCAAGCAGCUUGCUGCCUGGUCUGAUGGGAACCGUGGGGGUUUGGAACAUGUGUUGGCGUUGAUAGCGCGCAUUUUGCAGAGCGAGGAUGAGAGUGGCGGGUUGUUCAUUGGCGACUUGAUCAUUCACCUCUUGCGGAAUGCGGGGGAGGCCGUGCUUCCUGUGUUGCCCGAAUUGCUGCAGGCAAUGGUCAGCCGCAUGCUCACUGCGAAGACUGCGACGUUCUUGCAGAGCCUCGUCAUCCCCUUUGCCUUCCUCAUCACCAACCAGCGCGACACGGUCUUGCAGCUCCUCGAAGGCAUCAACGUCAACGGCCGCUCCGGCCUCGACAUCCUUCUCCAAACGUGGUGCGAGAAUGCCGAGACCUUCCAGGGCUUCUGGCCCGGCCGCGUCAGCACCCUCGGCCUCUGCGAGCUCCUCCGCGCCGCACGCCCCAGUCUGCAGCAGAUCACCGUCAAGGGCGACAUCAUCCUCCGCCCGGAGACGAAGAACGUCAUCAUGACGCGCUCGCGGACGAAGAAGAUUCCGACGGAGUUUACGACGGUGCCGUUCCCUGUGAAGGCGCUGAAGAUUGUCGUUCGCGACUUGCUUACGGGCGGGGAGUCGGCGGCUAUCGGGGCUAUCGACGACGAGGAAGUUGCCUCGGACGACGGAGAUGAUGAUUGGGAAGAGGAGGGCGGUGGUGAAAUCGGCAAGAUCAACUCCCAGGGCUUCACCAAGGAUGAGUUCGCGUUCCUGUCCGAGAUGAUUGGCCCGCGUGGCGUCAAGUUUGACAACGACGACGUCCUGGACGAUGAUGACGACGAGGACCUGAAGAACGACCCAAUAUCGCAGAUGGACAUGCAGUCGCACCUCGUGUCCUUCCUCCGCGACUGCGCCCAGCACAACACGUCAAACUUCUCGCAGCUCGUCUCCCAACUCACACCCGAGGAGCAAGCUGUCGUGCAACGCGCCAUUACCCAGUAGGUGGCGUCCCGGCGCCGAAAAUAUGAUUGGGUGUAGACAACCCGAUAACUAUACAAGAAGGAGAAUCCGUAGCUAUAUAAUGUACUUACAUGUUUCCUUGCGCCUGCUCUAUCACCCCGAGUCUAAAAACUCAUAUCCUUCCCCUUGUCCCACUCCCGCACCGUCCCGC